AUGGAUGAUGAUCGGUCAAAAAGUCCUGCGAGGGCAUCCAGAAUUCCAGAUACGUCAUUUCACCCGAUGCUGGGGAUUCCCGGUGAGGGCUGGGUUACUGGAAACUGGAAGCUGGAAACCGGAAACCGGAAAUCCCAUGGCUCACUGCUGUCGUCAAAACUGCCGACUGCAGAAGUUAAUUCGACUGAUCGUCUCUACUCCGUACAGUCUACACAAUAUUCCAGGAACAUCGGCCAUGAACUCCGUCGUGCUGCAACAAAUCCGAAAUGGCGUGACCAGACACUAACCACAACGGGCAGGUCCAGACUGACUCAAUCCAGCUUAUUCCUGCCUGCACCUUCAGGCAUCACUUCCCCCUUUGGGUCUAGCUCCAUCGCCAUCUCCAUCGCCAUCAACAGCCUCCUCACCUUCAAGACCAGCACCACCACGAUCCCUCCCAAUGUUUCCCUUCGUCCAGCCAAUUGGCCUCAUUUCUCCCCACAGGGAAUGCGUCAGACCCUUUCCGACCAUUUUUUGACUCCCAGAACCAUGAAAUUUUCCAUCGCCCUGCUUGUAACCGUCGGCUUAGCCUCGGCUGCACCCCCGCAGACUCCAUUGUCCCUCUCCUCCACCCCAUCGGACAUCAUUGAUGCCUCUCCCUUCCUCUCCUUCCACCGUGACCUUGUUCAGAUCCCUUCUGUCUCUGGUAACGAGACCGCCGUGGGAUCGUUCGUCGCCGACUUCCUCGAAUCUCACAACUUCACCGUCAUCAAACAGCCCGUGCCCCCGUCUUCCCAUGGCAAUACCGAUCGCUUCAAUAUCUUUGCCUAUCCAUCCGCCUCCCUCUCCAAGGAUCGACCAGAAAUUCUCUUAACUAGCCACAUCGAUACCGUGCCCCCCUUCAUCCCCUACUCCCUCCAUGAUGACGCCGACAGCAACAGCGAUGUCCUCAUCGCCGGCCGUGGCACAGUAGACGCCAAAGCCAGCGUCGCUGCCCAAGUCUUCGCCGUCCUCGACAUCCUCCGCGCCGACCCAACCGCAAAUCUAGGCCUCCUGUUCGUCGUUGACGAAGAAGUCGGCGGUUUGGGCAUGCGCGUCUUCUCCGAGUCACCCCUCAACCCCUCCCCCUCGCCCUUCCAUACCGUCAUCUUCGGCGAACCCACCGAACUAGCCCUCGUCGCAGGCCACAAAGGCAUGCUUGAGUUUCCGCUUAUCGCGAAAGGCAAAGCCGCUCACUCAGGCUACCCCUGGCUCGGUCAGAGUGCCAUUUCAGCGAUCCUGCCCGCAUUGUCCCGCGUCGAUAUUCUGGGCAACAUCCCCGCAGAGGAGGGUGGUCUCCCCUCUAGCGACAAGUACGGUCGUACUACCGUGAACAUCGGGCGCGUGGAUGCCGGCGUUGCAGCGAACGUGGUACCCGCGUCUGCAUCUGCGGAGGUCGCGGUUCGUUUAGCAUCGGGGACGCCCGAUGAGGCGCGGGACAUCAUCGCGCGUGCGGUGAAGAAUUCUACCGGCGACAACGAGCAUGUGUACUGCGAUUUUGCGGCCCGCAGCGCGGGUUAUCCUCCCCAGGAUUUGGAUACCGAUGUAUCCGGGUUUGAGGUCAUCACGGUGAACUAUGCGACCGAUGUGCCGAACUUGAAAGUCUCCGAGGGAGUCAAGCGGUAUCUGUAUGGGCCCGGGAGCAUCCAUGUUGCGCAUGGUGAUCAUGAGGCCAUCACCGUCGGUCAGCUGGGGGAGGCGAUUAGCGGGUAUAAGCGGUUGAUUGAGGCUGCUAUUCAGCGGACUCGUGUGAAUUAG